AUGUCCCAAGGCCCGUUCUACAUUGGAGUCGAUGUGUAAGUGCAUGCGCAUCGAGGAAUGGCCCUGUUGCCAGGUUGAAGCUUCAGGCUGAGAGUCCAUGGUAUUGGCCAUCAUUCUCUCUCAGCGGCACAGGCUCGGCUCGAGCCGCUCUGCUGGACGCCGACGGCAACAUCCUCUCCGAAUCCACUCACGCCACCCGCACAUGGCGAUCCGACGCAGACGCACGCAUCUUUGAGCAGUCCACCGACGACAUUUGGGCUCGCAUCAGUCAAGCCGUUCGAGAUGUGCUCAAAAUAUUGCCGGCAGGUACGAGCAGCAAGGAUGUCAAAGGGAUAGGAUUCGACGCUACUUGCUCUUUGGCCGUCAUCAAUGCAAACGGCGAACCGAUCGAGGUCACACCGGAACCUGAAGGCAAUUGGAAGGUCGGAGGAGCAGAAGGAGAGAGGCGCAACAUCAUACUCUGGGCCGAUCAUCGGGCUGAGGAAGAGGCAAAGAAGAUCAACAGUACAGGUAGCAUGGUGCUCAAUUACGUUGGGGGUACCAUGUCGGUGAGUAUGCGUUCCUAUGGAGGGAAGCAAUUUUGAGUCUCUAAGCAUACAUACUGAUCAAGAACUUGGGCACGCCCGUAGCUGGAAAUGGAAGUUCCAAAGAUGCUCUGGCUAUCCACCCGCAUGCCCAAGCAAACAUUCGCCUCCGCGCACUUCUACGAUCUGCCAGACUACCUCACCUAUCGCGCAACCGGAAGUCGAGCUCGGUCAAAUUGCAGUCUGGUGUGCAAGUGCUCCUACGUUCCCCCAGGCGUGGGAGGUAGCAGCACAGGCUGGCAGCACGAUUUCUUCAACAAGAUAGGAUUAUCAUCCAUCGCUGAUGAGGACUUUGAGCGAGUGGGUGGUAUUCCGGGCAAGGGCGGCUUGGUCUUGACAGCUGGACAGCCGCUCGGAUCGGGUUUGACGAAACAAGCCGCGCAAGAUUUGGGCUUAGAAGAGGGCACGGCUGUCGGCUCUGCACUCAUCGACGCGUACGCUGGCUGGGUUGGGACAGUCGCAGCUCAAGCCGUCAAUGCUACAACAUCAGAACAGGAACAAGACACUGGGCUUGCACAAAGUCAACACAGAUUGGCAGCCAUCGCCGGCACGAGUACGUGCCAUGUAGUGCAGAGUCCGCAGGGCAUCGACGUCAAGGGCGUUUGGGGUCCGUACAAGAACGCCGUGUUUCCCGGCAUGUGGAUGAAUGAAGGGGGUCAAAGCUCCACUGGUCAGCUGAUCGACUUUAUCAUUGACACGCAUCCCGCGAUCUCGACGCUCAAGGAGAGAGCAACGACGAACAAGUCCAACUUGUUCACCGAGCUGCACGGUAUCUUGGAUACACUGCAAGAAAAGGCAGACUUGUCACAUCCCUCUUACCUCAUUCGCGACCUGGUGCUCUACCCCGAUCUGCACGGCAAUCGAAGUCCCUUAGCAGACAGCGGCAUGCGAGGACUCGUCAGUGGUCUAGCCCUGGACCGGGGGGUGUCUGACCUGGCCAAAAAGUACUAUGCUACGUUGGAAGCUAUUGCUCUUCAGACCAGGCACAUCUUGGCCGAGCUGAACGGCAAAGGCCACUCCAUCACCAGUCUCUACAUGUCGGGCGGACACGUCAAGAAUGCAGCAUUUAUGCAGUUGCUAGCAGAUGUUUGUCAGGUACCCGUGCUCUUGCCCAACAGCGCCAGUGCCAGCGUCGUGGCUGGCUCCGCUAUCCUGGGACGCUUUGCUGCCGAACUCAGGGAAAAGGGUGUUCUGAUCGAAACUCAAGAGCAGGCCGAUAAGGCAGCAUCGGACUACAGAGAGCGUCUAUGGGAACUCAUGGUACGUCCCGCGUCCUGCUCCUAGUGGGCUACGCGACGCUGCUCCUUCGUACUGACAUAGCACCUUGUUGCGCAUCUCAGACUACCAUGACCAAGCCGGGCACUUUCGUCUACCCUCGUGCGGACGACAAGAUCAAUGCUCUCUUUGAUGCCAAAUACAAAGUGAGCUGCAUGCGCCCUGCAGUCAACUACUUCCUCGCUAAUUUGGCAACAAUCUUUGAACUCUUGCAGAUAUUCCACGAGGCCAUCGAUGUGCAACGACGAUGGCGCAAGAUUGUGGCAGACGCCAUAGAUUGA